AUGUCAGACAACUACCUCCAGAAUAUUGCCACUGUUGGCGCCAGCGGCAACGUUGGAGCAUCCACCAUCAAGCAUCUCCUCCAAAUCAACCCAAACAUUUCCAUCACCAUCAUUACGCGUGAAAGCUCCAAGGCGAUGUUCCCCGACUCGCCUCAGACCACAGUCCGAAAAGGAUCGUACAAUGAUCCGGCUUUCCUUGAGUCUGCGUUUCAGGGCCACGACCUUGCCAUGUUCACCCUGAGCUUCGAAGCCACUAAAGGACAGACAAGCUUGAUCGACGCAGCAGCCAAAGCGGGUGUGGAGUGGAUCAUCCCCAAUGAGUAUUCUGGAGAUGGAAACAACGAGAAGUGGUCAACCGGCGUGCCGCUCGUCCAGGACAAAAUCGCGGCAAGACGACAGAUCCAGGAGCUUGCGAAGGAGCAUGCAGGUCUGAAAUACAUUGCCGUCGCUACGAACCCCUGGACGGAGCUUAGCAUCAAUUCAGGUAUGUUUGGCCUAGACGUCCCCCAUCGUAGUGCAACACUAUUCUCGGACGGCGGUAGAUUCAACAGUACCUCAGCCGGACAGGUAGGACUCGGCAUCGCGCGACUGCUGUCGUUGCCCAUCACGUCCAGCUCCAAUCCACGAGCUUCGCUGCAGCACUAUGCCAACACGUACGUCUACCUGUCUUCCUUCUCCAUCACCCAGCAGGAUCUCUUCAACUCCAUCAAGAAGGCCACCAAGACCAACGACGUAGACUGGAAGCUCGAGACAAUGUCAAUCCAGGACCGUAUCCGGGAGUUCAAGGGAAAGUUCGAGGAAGGCGACUUCUGGGCCGGCGCAGCACUGUCGUACUGCCACUACAUGGGCGAAGGUCUCGGUGGUGACUACGAGUCGAAGGCUAAGGAUGACCGCAAGGUGCUGCAGCUAAAGGAAGAGGAUCUAGAUGCUGUUGUCAAGGGCGCUUUGGCCGCUAGUGGUUAA